UUUGACCACACAAGUGAGAGUUGUUUGUUAUUGCUGAAACUUGUUUGACGAUUGCAGAAAUGUGCUUCUUCCUUGGCUUGUAUGAUUUGCCCUAGCAGGUAGGUAGAAGACCACCCACAUAAUCUGAAUUCUUGGUGGUACAGUGUGUGUUCACUGUUUCACAAGCACGCAAGUCCGGAGUACUGUUUAGGGAGGUAUAGGAGGAGCAGCAAAGUCUAACCCUUGAGAAGGAUCACCAUUCUCCACCCUCUGAGACAAGACUCCAGGCUGAAACUGUCAACUACCUGGCCAGCCAGGGUGCAGGCUACUUAUCGUAAUGAACGAUAUCAGCAAAAUGCCUGCGGUAAGUGAUCGGUAUGGUCGAUUUAUCGUCCCAGCUCUAGUCCAGGGUCCUUAUCCACACACACUAAGGCAGAGAGUCCAUCCACUGGGAAGCUCCCUGGUUCAGUGCUCCUGAGGGCUGGGACCAGCACUGAGGGCCAGAGGCAGCUGUGAAGGGAUGGGGUAGUAGCUGAGGACAGAGCCAUGGUUCAUAACGGCUCAGCCCCCCCCACACCACCGCCAGCACAGGUGAGCGCCAAUGGCCGCUCCUCUGGGAGGAAGAGGACACCCAAGGCAUGUGACUGCUGUGGGCCCAACUCUAAGCACCACAAUGGGAAGGCCCCACAUGGGAAGACUCCAGGUGGCAAGCCCCGACAACGCAGGGCCCAGCCGGGGAAGGGCAGGGGCCAGGCACUGGGGGAGACCCCCAAGAGGACGGGUGGUCACCCCUCUUAUAAGAAGAUCCUGAUGACAGAGGAGCAGGUAACAGCCAUCCGAGAGGAGCUGGAGAAAGACUCUGCUGUGGAGCAGGUAACCAACUCUUUGGCUCCACCUAUAACCAACUCUGUCAGUCAACCUGUAAUGAAUGUUGUGGCUCAACUUGUAACCAACUCUGUCGGUCAACCUUUAACGGACUCUAUGGGUCAACCCUUAAUGAACUCUAUGGGUCAGAAGUUAACAUACACUGUGGUUAAACUGUUGACCAAGUCUGUGGUUCAACCGGUAACAAAUGCUAUGGUUCAAACGGUAACAAACUCUGUGGUUCAACCUGUAACGAAGACUGUGGUUGAGCAUGUUGCUGAUUCAGAGAUGGAGCAGGAGAAAGCCUGUGAAGGGGCUGUGUGCGAGGGUGAGCAAGCCGCUGGUCUGGAGAAGGAGCAGAAGACUGGUUGUGGUUUAGACAAACAGCCGGUAACAGACUCUAACACGGAGGUCGUGAAGCAGCCCCAGGCUGGUGACGCAGCAGUCUCCCUUUCCAACGGUACAUCUGCUGUCCCCGAAGAGGAACCAACAGACUGUAGCACCCCUAUGGAGGUGGAACCAUCAGCCACAGCCUGUGUUUCCCCAGGCAUUAGUCUGUGCAGCACCCUCCACCCCUUCGCUCUGUGCGACCACAGAGAUUACUGCAUGAUGGGAGUGUGGGCUCCAAGCCCUGAGCCAGAGGAGGACGGUGCCCCAGACCCAGCACAGCAACCCAAACCUGAAGACGGCAUCCAUGAAGUAAUCGGAGACCUCAUCCAUGAGUUCCUGGCGCUCUUCUAUGUGAAGUACGGGAGCUUUAUUCCCCUCAGUGAGACUGACGUCCUGGAGCACCUGAAGAACAAGUGUAACACUGACCUCAAUGACAAGAAGCUAAACAUCCACUCAGAAGUGGUGAAGUACAAAGCGGGUCUCGCCUCCACCCCUAGGAAGUGCUUCAAAGUGGACUACAACAAGCACACUCUGACCCUGGAGGAUCUGUCCACGCUGGACGACCAAAACUGGGUCAACGACCAGGUGAUAAACAUGUAUGGAGAAUUGAUCGUGGAGGCUACACAGAACAAGGUUCAUUUCUUCAACAGCUUUUUCCACAGGCAGCUGGUGGCCAAAGGCUAUGAAGGGGUUAAGAGAUGGACCAAAAAGGUGGAUCUGUUUUCCAAGAGGCUGUUGCUGAUUCCUAUCCACCUGGAAAUCCACUGGUCCCUGAUCACAGUGGACAUCGCCAACCACCACAUCCACUACUAUGACUCCCAGGGCAUAGUCUUCAAAUACACCAUGGAGAACAUCUUGAGUUACAUCCUGGCUGAGGCCAAGGAGAAGAAACAAGCUGGCUAUCAGAAAGGCUGGAAGAUGACUAUAAACAAGGGUAUUCCUCAACAGAAGAACGACAGUGACUGUGGAGUCUUCGUCUUGGAGUACUGCAAGUGCCUGGCAUUAAAAGAGCCGCUGCAGUUCACACAGGAUGACAUGCCCAAAGUCCGCCAGAGGAUUUACAAAGAGCUCUGUGACUGUAAACUGAAUGAAUGAUCAACCGCAGCAGCACAGCUCAGAGUACACCUGCCUUUCCAGUGGCCCAUGGGCUUAACGACUGUUUGACUCUUAUUGUGGAAGGGCCAUUAAUACUUUAAAACAUGACGAGCCAAGAAGCUGAAUGAAGUGCAGUGGAAACAGGACACGUUGUUUGACUAACGAGACGGUGACAGCAACCAGCUUUCUUUCUGUUUUCCUUCAGUGGAGGGCCAGCAGUGCAUAGUUGGAUUUCUUUUUAUACCGUGAUAAUGGGAGGGACUUUGAAUUCCUUUUGAGUUGACGUCCACAAAGUUUCCACUGCUGACCGGCUGACCUGGGGCUAACACUGCUGGUAGGUUUCAGAGGCCAGAAACGGACCUACAGGUGUUUAUAACACGUUUCCUAGCUUCAGUUCUUGAAAUGUAAACAGGAGAUUAAACGGGACAGUAGGUGAAAUGUAAAGGUUCUUGUUUUAUAUCAUGUAGCGUUUGCCUGACUAGUGAGGUAGAGAACAAUAACUAAUGGAAGGCUAGCUUUUAACUGAAUAUACUGUUUUAAUGUUACUUCAUCUCAAACUGCUUCUUAGUUCCUGAGAAAACUCCACGUUUGGCAUCACAAACAGCAGUUUAUCAGGGAGUUAGUUGGAAUUAACCAUGAUGCUCCACUGAUAAUGGCUUCAUGACAACACGCACCUCUUCCUGCUUCUGUUGAAAAUAUGCUGUUAAAACAAUAAGAAAGUGUAUCUUUACAUUUUAGUGUACAGAAGAAGAAAUGCCACUGCAGUAGAACCGUUUCUAAGCCUUUUAUUGUACGAGGGCCCGGCAAGCUAUGGUUAUCUUCCUCAUCGGAGGAUCACCAAUCACUUAGGUGGUGUCAGUUACCCAUCUGAGGGUGCUGGUCCACAGACUGGCUGUAGUUGAGAAAUGCUGCUGUGGAACAUGCUGAAUCCCAUCUAUACUGUCUCGUUAAUGCACAUUGGAGCCCAGUUUAUACCUGGUGCUAACGUGCCUUUUGUCCUGACGACGUCCACAUUCUGAUCGUUAAUUGUCUUUAAAUAAAUCCAGAUUAUUUAGAAUUUGCCAAUUAAUUAGGCACCAGCUGAUCUGGUCACAGUGUGGAAUGUGGACGGAUAAGAAGCAUUUUACUACAAUGGGUAGAUGCGACAAACCUUGAUCCAGAUAGUGAUUGGAUCACAUCACAAAACUCACAUGGUGGCAUAAGGUGUAAACAAUGCUUUUGUACCAUUGAAGAGAUCAUGUUCACAGCGUUCUCUAAUCUGUUUGAUCUUCGAGAAACUUCCUGAUUUUGAUUUCAUUUUGUUCCGUUCUUGAUUUGUACUUAAGUUGCUAUGUCAUAGUGUUUUUUUUAAUGCAGGGUUAUGCUGAUAAAGACACCCAGAGGGGAUUAAAUUGGGAUUCUCUAGAUGGGUAAACUGACCUCAUAGGUUUCCAAUGUAUGCGGUUUAAUCCUAAAAUGGUGGAACAGUUUUCUUCCCAAAUUCAUCCCUGAAUACGUUCAAACACAAACACAUUGGUUUCUCCACUUUUGAUUUUAAGUAAUGUUGAGAUGACAAGAGCACAGGGUUGUUGUAACAGCAUUGACAGGAUGCCCAGCCACACAGGACUGGAGCGAUGAUUCCAUUAUGUUUGUAUUUUUAUUAUAUAAAGAACAGGGUCAAUUCCAUUUCAAUUCAGGAAGUACACUGCAAUUCCAAUACUCUUCAAUUAGGAGAAUUUGGUUUACUUUCUGAAAUUGCAAUGUAAUUGACGCCCAACCACGGUAAGGAAGUACUAAUACCUGUACAAAAGAGCAGAUAUGUUUGUCAACUCCCCACGUUGGCGACUGGAUGGAUCUGUUGUUCAUGUUAACUGCUUCAGCAAACAAUGUCCCAUAUGAGGAUGUUCAAUGGGUGGGCAGCGAUAUGGAGGCGUUUGGAAAGUCACUUUGGUGUAACAAUAAAACGGUUUCCCUGACA